AUGGAAAACCCCAGCUGCAUUCAGGAUGAGCCGUUUCCGCACCCUCUGGAACCCGAGUCGGGCGCCCCUUCUAUGUCAGCCCUGGGGAAGCCCGGCGAGAAGCGGUUCCGGCUGUGGUACGUGGGGGGUUCAUGCCUGGACCGCAGGACCACGCUGCCCAUGUUGCCCUGGCUCAUGGCCGAGAUCCGCCGGCGCAGCCAGAAGCCAGAGGCGGGCGGCUGCUGCGCGCCGCCGGCCCGCGAGGUGCUCCUGGUGCUGAGCGCGCCCUUCCUGCGCUGCGUCCCGGUGCCGGGCGCAGGGGGCUCCAGCCCCAACAUCGCGCAGCCAAACCCGUCCGUGUUCAUCUUUGAGCACAAGGCGCAGCACAUCUCGCGCUUCAUCCACAACAGCCACGACCUCACCUACUUCGCCUACCUGAUCAAGGCGCAGCCCGACGACCCAGAGUCGCAGAUGGCCUGCCACGUUUUCCGCGCCACCGACCCUAACCAGGUCCCUGAUGUCAUUAGCAGCAUAAGGCAGUUGUCUAAAGCUGCCAUGAAAGAGGAUGCCAAGCCAAACAAAGAUAAUGAGGAUGCCUUUUACAACUCUCAGAAGUUUGAAGUCUUGUACUGUGGAAAGGUGACAGUCAACCACAAGAAGGCCCCAUCAAGCCUCAUUGAUGACUGUAUUGAAAAGUUCAGCCUGCAUGAACAGCAGCGCCUCAAGAACCAGGGCGAGCAGCGCAGCACGGAUCCCAGUGACGACCUGGUGGUCUUUGAGGCUGAGGUGCCCAGCUCACCCAAAGACCGCCUAUUGGAGGAAAUAGAUGGAAUUCCCAACGCCCGCUCUGGCUUACCAGCGGUGGCCAGCCAGCCUGUUCUGUCCAGCUCUCGAGUUUGCUUCCCUGAGCGGAUCUUGGAAGAUUCUGGCUUUGAUGAACAGCAGGAGUUUCGGUCUCGAUGCAGCAGUGUCACUGGAGUCAUGCAAAGGAAAGUUCACGAGAACAGCCAGAAAGCACAGCCACGAAGGAGGCACGCCAGUGCGCCCAGUCACGUACAGCCCUCUGAUUCAGAGAAGAACAGAACAAUGCUCUUUCAGGUUGGACGAUUUGAGAUUAACCUUAUCAGUCCAGACACUAAAUCGGUUGUGCUUGAAAAGAAUUUUAAGGAUAUCUCCUCUUGCUCUCAGGGUAUAAAGCAUGUGGAUCACUUUGGAUUUAUCUGCCGGGAAUCUCCAGAGACUGGGCUGAGCCAGUAUAUUUGUUAUGUGUUCCAGUGUGCAAGUGAGUCCCUGGUUGAUGAGGUAAUGCUGACUCUGAAACAGGCUUUCAGCACAGCUGCUGCCCUGCAGAGUGCCAAGACCCAGAUUAAGCUGUGUGAGGCCUGCCCUAUGCACUCUUUACAUAAGCUCUGUGAAAGGAUCGAAGGUCUCUAUCCCCCAAGAGCUAAGCUGGUAAUACAGAGGCAUCUCUCAUCUUUGACAGAUAAUGAACAAGCUGACAUCUUUGAACGUGUUCAGAAAAUGAAGCCAGUCAGUGACCAGGAAGAAAAUGAACUUGUGAUUUUACAUUUGAGGCAGUUGUGUGAAACCAAGCAGAAGGCACACACUCACAUUGGAGAAGGCCCAUCGACCAUUUCAAAUAGUACAAUCCCGGAAAAUGCGACAAGCGGUGGGAGGUUCAAACUUGACAUUCUGAAAAAUAAGGCUAAGAGAUCCUUAACUAGUUCUCUGGAAAAUAUCUUCUCAAGGGGAGCUAACAGAAUGAGAGGCCGGCUUGGAAGCAUGGACAGCUUUGAACGGUCCAACAGUCUUGCUUCAGAGAAGGACUACUCCCCAGGAGACUCCCCACCAGGGACACCACCAGCCUCCCCACUGUCUUCUGCUUGGAACACAUUCCCUGAAGAGGAUUCUGACUCCCCACAGUUCCGAAGACGGGCACACACAUUCAGCCACCCACCUUCAAGCACAAAGAGAAAACUGAAUCUGCAAGACGGGAGGGCACAUGGUGUCCGCUCCCCUCUUCUGAGGCAGAGUUCCAGCGAACAGUGCAGCCCUCUUCCAUCAGUUCGUGGCAUGCACAAGGAGAGUAUUUCUUCCUCCAGUCUUCCAAGUCUUCACACUUCCUUCUCUGCCCCUUCCUUCUCUGCCCCCUCUUUCCUGAAAAGCUUUUACCAGAAUUCAGGUAGACUGUCCCCACAGUAUGAAAAUGAAAUCAGACAGGACACUGCCUCAGAAUCAAGCGAUGGAGAGGGGAGAAAAAGGACCUCGUCAACCUGCAGCAAUGAGUCCCUAAGUGCUGGAGGAACCCCUGUCACUCCUCGCCGAAUUUCUUGGCGGCAGCGCAUUUUCCUCAGGGUUGCUUCUCCCAUGAACAGAUCUCCCUCAGCAAUGCAGCAGCAAGAUGGACUGGAUAGGAAUGAGCUGCUGCCACUGUCCCCUCUUGCUCCAACCAUGGAGGAGGAACCACAUGUUUUAUUUGUGUCUGGUGAUGAUGACCCAGAAAAAAUUGAAGAAAGAAAAAAAUCAGAGGAACUAAGGAGUCUGUGGAGAAAAGCUAUACACCAACAAAUCUUGUUGCUACGAAUGGAAAAAGAAAACCAGAAACUUGAAGCAAGCAGAGAUGAACUCCAGUCCAGAAAAGUCAAAUUAGACUAUGAAGAAUUUGGUGUAUGUCAGAAGGAAGGCUUCUUAAUCUGGGAUAAAAAGUUGUUAAACUGCAGAUCUAAAAUCAGAUGUGAUAUGGAAGACAUUCAUCUUUCUCUUAAAGAAGGAGUUCCCAAAAGUCGACGAGGAGAAAUUUGGCAAUUCCUAGCUUUACAAUAUCGUCUAAGACACAGAUUACCUAAUAAACAACAGCCUCCUGACACUUCAUAUAAAGAACUUUUAAAGCAGCUCACUGCUCAGCAGCACGCUAUCCUUGUGGAUUUAGGAAGGACAUUUCCUACUCACCCUUACUUUUCAGCACAGCUUGGGGCAGGGCAGUUGUCACUCUUUAACCUCCUAAAAGCCUAUUCUUUGCUGGACAAAGAAGUGGGUUACUGCCAGGGAAUCAGCUUUGUGGCUGGAGUCCUGCUCCUGCACAUGAGUGAAGAGCAAGCCUUUGAAAUGCUGAAGUUCCUCAUGUAUGACCUUGGCUUCCGUAAGCAGUACAGACCUGACAUGAUGUCACUGCAGAUCCAAAUGUACCAGCUGUCAAGGCUCCUUCAUGACUAUCACAGAGAUCUCUACAAUCAUCUUGAAGAAAAUGAAAUCAGCCCCAGUCUUUAUGCUGCCCCUUGGUUCCUCACAUUGUUUGCCUCUCAGUUUCCAUUAGGAUUUGUAGCCAGAGUUUUUGAUAUAAUUUUUCUUCAGGGAACUGAAGUUAUAUUUAAGGUUGCACUCAGUCUACUAAGUAGCCAAGAGGCCCUUAUAAUGGAAUGUGAAAACUUUGAAAAUAUUGUCGAGUUUCUUAAAAAUACCCUCCCUGAUAUGAAUAUAUCUGAAAUGGAAAAAAUCAUUACACAGGUUUUUGAGAUGGACAUUUCUAAACAGUUACAUGCCUAUGAGGUGGAAUAUCAUGUGCUUCAGGAUGAGCUUCAGGAAUCUUCAUAUGCCUGUGAGGAUAAUGAACCUGUGGAGAAGCUGGAGAGAGCCAAUAGCCAACUGAAAAGACAAAACAUGGACCUCCUAGAAAAAUUACAGGUGGCUCAUACUAAAAUCCAGACCUUGGAAUCAAACCUGGAAAAUCUUUUGACCAGAGAGACCAAAAUGAAGUCUUUAAUCCGGACCCUGGAACAAGAGAAAAUGGCCUAUCAGAAGACAGUGGAGCAAAUCCGGAAGUUACUGCCUGCAGAUGCUCUAGCCAGUUGUGAGUCACUGCUGAGAGACCUGAACUGCAAUCCUAACAACAAAGCCAAGACAGGAAAUAAGCCAUAAUUUAAGAAGUGCCAUGUCAGUAGUAGGUGCUACUUAGAGCACUAAGGAAGGGAAGAGUCUGUGUGCUGCUGGUUGAACGCUGGACAACGAAGCUGGUGGAACCACCU